AAGACAUCUAUCUCCAAGCACAUGGGCUUCUAAACCACUCCAUCUCCUUGUCAUACCACCGGCCCUUGGAACUUCCAGUGGAAAAAGUCAUCUGGGAGAUAAAACACAAAGGACGAACCUUUGCAAUGGCGGAAUAUAAUGAAGGGCUGCUUGACAUACAAAACAGGCAGUUUGAGGGACGGCUGCAAUCAUCCCACAAUGGAACGACAUUAAGAAUCAGUGGUCUUACAAUGAAUGAUUCCAAUGUCUUCAAAGCUGAUAUUAUUCUGAUCAGUUCAGACAUACAUACUAUGUAUUUUAAUCUCACCGUGUAUGAGCCUGUCCCUGUCCCAAGCAUAACGGCUCAUCUGGAGGGAGACAACAAGACUCAAUGUGAAUUUACCCUGCAUUGUUCUGUCCCAAUAAACACGUCGCUCAUAUUGUUCAGCUGGAUGUACAGAUGUGGGAAUUCUGGGUACCAGCACUAUGCAAAUGGCAGCACUCUCGCUAUCAUGUUACAGAAUUUGUCAAAAACAACUGAUUUCCUUUGUUUGGCACAAAAUCCUGCGGAUGAAAAAAAUGCCUCUUUCCGUGUGCAACAGAUCUGUCAGUAUGGUACCGUAAGAGGUAUGUGAUAACUAGGCUAACUAUAUACCAGGCAUGGUGCAAAUAAUGGACACAUCUACUAUGUUUUUGCACUAUUCCCCCUGCCCUGCACUUCGCUGAAUUUACAAAAUGGGCACAGAGACCAGUGUUUCCCCCUUGAAUAUAGUG